UUGCCAAACAGACCUAAUCUUCCAACCUAUAAAUAUGUCUUAACUCUUAAGUUGAGGAAGGGAUAUAUGAUAUAUUUUCCGAUACUGAUUAUAUCUCAUAUCUCUAACAGAGAUUAAGGCUCUAGUAAUCUUCUUGAGGUCAACUAUGGCUGUUUCUUCUUCUCAUUCCUCUGAUUUUCCUGAAGACACCCCUCAGCUUUCUCUCUCCUCUGACCAGAUGCAACAUUGCCAUCAUGCUCUUGACUAUCUUAUCCUGAAACGUGAAUCUUCCAAUCUCAUCCAACACGAGUUCGAGACUCUUGAGGCAAAAUCAAUGAAAGAAUCUGAUGUAGAAAGACUCAAGACAACAAUUUGUACAGUGGCUAUUGAUGAUGUCAAUUUGGACAAAAAUCGGUACCCCAAUGUCUUACCAUAUGACAAUAACAACAGAGUUAUCCUCACACCCAGGGAUUACAUCAAUGCAAGUUUUGUAAAAGCUCCUGCACAAAAUGCUGCUCAGUUUAUAGCCACACAAGGUCCAUUGCCGCAUACAUUUGAAGAUUUCUGGGAAAUGGUGUUGCAGAAUCGCUGCCCUGUGAUUGUGAUGCUAACACGGCUAGUUGACAAUAACAAGACAUUGAAAUGCGGUGAUUAUUUUCAAGCCGAAGAUGGACCUCGGGAAUUUGGCAACAUAUCUGUUGUCACGAAAUGGAUAAAGACGACUGGGAGCUCUUUAGUAUUGCGCCAUCUCGAAGUUACUAAGGCAGAGUCAGAAGAAGCACCACUGUCUGUUUUGCAUAUUCAGUAUCCUGAGUGGCCAGAUCAUGGUGUUCCCAAGGACUCAUUAGCUGUUCGAGAGAUUGUGAGUAGAACUUAUCAUCUGCCACCUGAUGUAGGCCCUAUAGUGGUGCACUGCAGUGCUGGAAUUGGCCGUACGGGAACAUACUGCAUCAUUCAUGACUCAAUCCAAAGAAUUCUUGCAGGAGAUAUGUCUGCGUUAGAUUUUGCAAAUACUGUUCAUGUUUUUAGAUCUCAGAGAGUUGGAAUGGUUCAAACACUGGAUCAAUACUACUUCUGCUACAAGACUGUUGUUGAUGAACUGGAGGAACUCAUAUCAAGAUACAAUCCUGAGAAAAGUGCUUGAUGGCAUAUAUCCGGAUUUUGCAGACUGGUUCAGGCCUCGGGGGUAAAAGAAGAGCAGUAAUGUAAAACCUACUGCUGAUUGUACAAGUGUGAAGAAUAAUGGUGUUAACCUGAUUAGGUUAACUCUGAAAUUUUAUAUAUAUAUACAGUGUUUACUAUA